AGAGGUAGUUCGUAGCGGCUCUUAGUUGCCUUUUAUGGACAAGACCAGUCAGUCGCCUUUGACACUCGACGUGCUCGUACUCGUCGUCUCCACGUGUGUCUGCGCCUACGCCACCUACCGCCUCCUCGCUCCGUCCUCCGCGCCGCCGCCGUCCUCCCGUACCCGCGCCCUGCCUGCCAUCACAACGCCAAUGACCUCCAAGACGCCGCCAGCCAAGCCAGAGUCCAUGUACCUCAACAACUCCAAGACCAUGUACGACUUUACCGUCGGCGGCCGCGGCGAGCACUUUGAAUUUGACGACUGCAAGCACGUCGUCAAGCACAUUUGUCCGCGCUGGAAGGAUGCGCAGCCUGAUGACAUUACCGUCAAGAUCAUCUGUGGCGGGAUUACAAACCGCCUCUACCGCCUUCUUUGGAAGGACCUCUGCGUGCUGGUCCGCCUCUAUGGCGAGCACACCGAGGUCUUUAUUGACCGCAACGUCGACAACGAAAACUUUGCCGAGCUCUCGCGCCGCGGGUUUGCGCCCACGUACUUUGGCCGCUUCACGAACGGCCGCGUUGAAGGCUGGGUCGACGGCACGGCGCUUGAGCCGCACCAAAUGGGCGAGACGUCGCCCUUCGACCUGCUCUCGCUCAUCCCCAAGGAGCUCGGCAAGAUGCAUGCGAUGGAGAUUGACAUGGACACGCGUGCAUGCCUCUGGACCAAGAUUCAGCAGUUUGAAGACCUCGCCGCCGAGAUCUCGUUUGACGAACCGGUCAAGCGGGAUGCGCUCGAGCACCUUCAGCUGCACCAGACGAUCAAGCAGCGUGUGCGCUGGCUGCAGUCGGUGCUGCCGUCGCACAAGAACAACGACGGCAAAGGCCUCCUCGAGACCUUUCGCGGGUCGGCGACGGCCAAGCUCGCGUACAGCUUCUUGCACGACUCGGUGUUUAGCCACAACGAUCUGCUCAGUGGCAACAUCCUCUACAAUCCCGCGUGGGGCCGUGUCCAGAUCAUCGACUACGAGUACGGCGGGUACAACUACCGCGGCUUUGACUUUGGCAACCACUUUUGCGAGCACUGCGGCUUCGACAUGAACCUCAACGACUACCCGUCCAAGGACAAGCAGUUUAUUUUCUACAAGGCGUACCUUUCGACGGCGGCGCCGGCGCUGUUGCAGUCGCUGACGCGCGAAGGCCACCUCGACGCGUUCCUCGGCCAUCUCCACGAGUUUGGCAACGUCUACGCGCUCGCCGCGCACAUGUUUUGGGGUCUUUGGGCCAUCGUCCAAGCCGGCAACUCGACGAUCGACUUUGAUUUCCUCGACUAUGCCCGCAUGCGCUUCGAAGCGUUCGAGGUGCAGCUCGAUCUCUUUUGCCCGACGGCGAAGGACGUCUGAGGAGAAGGAUGACCUUGUGUACAUAUUGUCACCAACAGCGCUUGCUUGUACUGUCUAC